CUAUCUUCAAACUUGUAAAGGCCAUGUCGCAAGAACAAGAAGAUGAAGAAGUGGGCAAGCUAGCCAUCAGGUUAGCAAAUGCCUCGAUUCUUCCCAUGGUCAUGAAGUCGGCCAUCGAGCUCAACCUCAUAGACAUCAUUUCGGCCUCCGGUGAUGGCAUAUUCCUCUCACCUUCUGACAUCGCAAGUAGGCUCCCCACCAAGAACCCUGACGCCCCCGUUUUGCUUGACCAUAUGCUACGGCUCUUGGCCAGCUAUGAUAUACUCAAAUGCUCGAUUAGAACUGGAGAGAAUGGAGAAGUUAAGAGAUUGUACGGUGCUGCACCAAUUUGCAAGUUCUUUGUUAAGAAUGAAGAUGGAGGGUCGCUUGGGCCUUUGUUGCAACUGCAACAAGACAAGGUCACCACUCAGAGCUGGUAUCACCUAACUGAUACUGUCCUAGAAGGUGGAAAUCCUUUCAACAGGGCAUAUGGGAUUAGAUCUGCAUUUGAAUACAUAAAAAUGGAUCCAAACCAUGGCCAGUUAUUAAACAAAGCCAUGUCAAACAACACUACCUUGAUCAUGAAGAAGAUGGUUGAUGUCUACAAAGGAUUUAAAAAUGAAGGCCUCAAAGUGUUAGUAGAUGUGGGUGGUGGGAUUGGAUCUAAUCUUGGUAUCAUCACUUCUAAGUAUCCUCACAUUAAAGGCAUUAAUUUUGAUUUGCCUCAUGUUGUAGCUCAUGCACCUCCAAAAUUAGGUGUUGAGCAUGUUGGUGGAGAUAUGUUCACAAGUGUUCCAAAAGGCGAUGCCAUUUUUUUGAAGGCGGUUCUACAUGAUUGGGGUGAUGAAGAUUGCUUGAAACUUCUCAAGAAUUGUUGUGAAGCUCUUCCAAACUGUGGCAAAGUAAUCAUUAUAGAAUUGAUUGUUCCUGAGAUUCCUGAAAAUAAUGUUUCAUCAAACAUUGCCAGCGAGAUAGAUCUCUUAAUGAUGGUUGUCCACCCAGGAGGAAGAGAGAGGACACUUAAAGAGUAUGAGGCAUUAGCUGUGAAAUCCGGAUUUUCCAGGUGUGACGUGAUAUGUUGUGUAUACAAUAGUUGCGUUUUGGAGUUCCACAAAUGAAUCCAUAAUGAAAACAAGUCCCAGUCUUUGGUGCCAUGUUAGUGAUCAGUAAUAAAGGUUUGAAUUCCAGGGAGUUCAUUGUUAAGUAAUAAAAAUAAGAAAUUUAUUUAAAAAAUACUAUA